GCCUGGACGCAGUUGUCCGCCGUGCAGCUGACUAACUGGCAGUCGCUAUGCCUUGGCGUCUGCAUGAGUCUGGACUCUGCAUGAGCGUGCAGCUCCCAGCAGCACGCAGCGUAGUAUCUGCACGACAUCGGCAUCCCGGUUGCCACUUUCCCGUUGCCCGGCUGCAGUGUCUUCGCGCCCGGCGCUACAUAGCGUCAAAGUUGGUCGAGACCCGGCAUCCAUUGCCAUAUUGAAAGGGGUAGCACAACUGAUGCCGCUAUCCUCAUGAAUGCAAGUUCACGUGAGCCCGGGUCAUGAUGGGCUGAGGCCGCAACGCCGAAGGAAGGCACGAGGAAGCAGUAUUAUGCGGUUCAAGGCUAGGAUAUCGGUCAGGCGGCCUCACCUGAUGGGGGCUCAAGACGUUUGCCAUGACACGAGGCUGCGCUUAUCAAGCAGACUGGUCUCGACCUCGAUUACGUGGACACUUUGCGCCUUGAACACCACAAUUCGUUUGCUCCCUUCACCUUGGCUAGCGCCCGCGCCCGGAAUCGAGGUGACCAAAGCAGCCGGCCCCGGUAGUCGCCUUGUUUCGAUAGUUUGCAGCCAUCUUCUAUCCAAUUGUCCUUCAGGGCCUUCUGCUAGCCUCGAUCAAGAGCAAGCUGGUGCAAUGGGCAUAGCCUUGGUUAUGUGCUUAAGCGCUAUUCGGGCCGUUCCCGUCGUUUGCCGGCUAGGCAUUGCAUCGGUCGAAGGUCUACCCAACCUCUCUGCGCUGCAACCACAAGCUUCCAGUAUGAUGGGUAUGGCAACGUCCCUUUGUGGCUCGGUUCAGUCACUCCUUUGCCUUCUCCAGCCCGGUCAGGGCCUCGUCAAACCGCCGCGACCCAGCACCUGCGCUAUCACGGUACACUGGAUGUCGAAGCACUAGAAGAAGAGACAUAAGGCAUCAGGCCGCGGAAAAACAAGAAAAAACCACGAAAUCCGACCCUCGGCCUUGAUCCAAACGGCUCCUGAUGCGACCUUGACACCGACAGGACAGCAUUGUUGGUUACGCUGCGGCAACAUCAAGUAGUUGGACGUGGUUCACACGGUCGGGAUGAACCACAACAUAAUAUCA